AUGAUGAGCUCAAACUAUUGGAGUGAGAUUAGCAGCAGCAGCUGUGGGACUCAGCAAUCCCCAGAAGGGCUGCAGUGCCAGCCCCAGCAUUACCACUGCUACCAUCAGUCAAGCCAAGCCCAGCAGCCUCCAGAAAAAAAUGUAGUGUAUGAGCGAGUGAGGACCUACAGUGGGCCCAUGAACAAGGUGGUUGAGGCCUUGGACCCCAUCGGCUCACGGGAAGUGUGCUCCUCUCUCAAAACUGCCUCCUCCUACCAAAGCUUGCUUUGGAGCGACCGUUCCCAGGAACUUCAUUCUCCAACUCUGAAAAUAUCUACUUGUGCCCCAAGCACUCUACAUAUAACCCCAAAUACUGAACAGGAACUCCAUUCUCCAACAGUGAAAGUCACUGCAUAUCCGCAGACCACUAUUAGGCAAUAUGUAGUGCAAAAUCCUGAACAGGAACCACUGUCGUCAUUCCUAAGAGGAGGCCAUUUCUUUCCAGGAAAUAAUGUUAUUUAUGAAAAAACCAUAAGAAAAGUGGAGAAGCUAAAUAUGGAUCAGGAAUGCUAUCCUCAGGUUCAGUGCCAUCAUCACAUUGUCCAACAGCCCCAGAUCUUCCACUCUCUACACUGUCAACAAUCCCAUUCUAGCCAGCAAAUCCAAACCAUCACAGGAAGUGAUUCAAUUUCUACAAACACUGGAAUUGAACUGUAUCAUAGUGAUUCAAACCAUACACAUGAGCAGGUGAUAAUUCAGGAUGAUGGCCCUGAAAAAUUGGACCCCAAAUAUUUUGGAGAGUUGCUUGCUGAUCUAAGCUGUAAAAAUACGAAUCUAUAUCACUGCUUAUUAGAACAUUUGCAGAGAAUUGGAGGAAGCAAACAAGACUUUGAGUCUACAGAUGAGUCAGAAGACAUUGAAUCGUUGAUUCCUAAAGGAUUGUCAGAAUUUACAAAACAGCAAAUUCGCUAUAUUCUGCAGAUGAGGGGUAUGUCUGAUAAAUCACUCCGGCUAGUGCUGUCCACAUUCAGCAACAUACGGGAGGAGCUUGGACAUCUUCAGAAUGACUUGAGAUCACUGGAAAAUGACAAGAUAAGAUUUGAGAAAGACUUGGCAUUCAAAGAAACUCAAAUAAAAGAGUAUGAAGAACUCUUAGCAUCAGUGAGAGCAAAUAAUCGCCAGCAGCAGCAAGGACUUGAAGACUCAACCUCAAAAUGCCAAGCAUUGGAAGAAAACAAUCUUUCUCUUCGGCAUACACUAUCAGACAUAGAAUAUAAACUAAAAGAACUGGAAUACUGUAAGCAUAAUUUAGAGCAAGAGAAUAAAAAUCUUAGAGUGCAGCUUUCAGAGACUUGCACAGGCCCGAUGCUGCAGGCUAAAGUGGAUGAGAUUGGCAACCAUUACAUGGAGAUGGUAAAAAACUUAAGAAUGGAGAAAGAUAGAGAGAUCUGCAAACUAAGGACUCAAUUAAAUCAGUACCAAAAAGAUGUUUCAAGAAGAGAAGGAAGUUGCAGUGACUUCCAACUCAAGAUUCACGAACUGACAAGCUUGCUGGAAGAGAAGGAUUCCCUUAUAAAGCGUCAAUCAGAGGAACUCUCGAAGUUGAGACAAGAUAUAUAUUCAUCUCAUAACCAACCCUCCAGUGGUGGAAGGACAACUAUUACCACUAGAAAGUACAGGUCACAAUAUCCAAUCCUAGGCCUCAUGUAUGAUGACUAUGAAUAUAUACCACCAGGUAGUGACACACGGACUACUGUCAUUGAGAAAACAGAAGACAAAUGGACUUGUCCGUGAAUGAAUCUCCA